UGUUUUCCGCCUGCGUUGAAAAGCCAAGCGUUCUCCCCGACUCCGACUGUACUCGGGACUAUAGUGUGCGCAUGCGUGCUCUUGCUGCUCUCCUCUCUCGGUCGCUGUUAUCGCUAUGGAAGUCAGCAGCAGAAUUGAGUGUAUCUUUUUCAGUGAAUUCCACCCAACACUUGGGCCUAAGAUAACAUAUCAGGUCCCAGAGGAUUUCAUUUCCCGAGAGCUCUUUGAUACAGUUCAGGUCUAUAUCAUCACCAAACCUGAACUGCAAAACAAGCUCAUCACUGUUACAGCUAUGGGGAAGAAGCUAAUUGGUUGUCCAGUUUGCAUUGAGCAUAAGAAGUACAGCCGGAAUGCCUUGCUCUUCAACCUUGGCUUCGUUUGUGAUGCUAGAGCUAAGACUUGUGCACUGGAGCCUAUAGUGAAGAAACUGGCAGGUUAUCUUACCACUCUAGAGCUUGAGAGUGGCUUCAUUUCCACUGAUGAGAGCAAACAGAAGUUGAUACCCAUCAUGACCAUCCUACUUGAGGAACUAAAUGCCACUGGCAAAUGCACUCUUCCUAUAGGCAUGCAACCCUGUCUGCUUCUAGGGACCCUUUUGUUGCCACCAUCUGAUGGCUUUGCAAUUGGGAACCAAGCAACAAACUCAAAUGAAUCAAACACCAUUCAUCUGAAAGUGAUUGAGCAACGCCCAGAUCCCCCCAUUGUGCAGGAAUAUGACGUUCCUGUCUUCACCCAAGACAAGGAUGACUUCUUCAAUUCCCAGUGGGAUCUCACCACUCAGCAGAUCUUGCCCUACAUUGAUGGUUUUCGGCAUGUUCAGAAAAUCUCAGCUGAGGCAGAUGUGGAGCUCAAUUUGGUUCGAAUUGCUGUCCAGAACCUCUUAUACUAUGGAGUAGUGACUCUCGUUUCCAUACUUCAGUACUCAAAUGUAUAUUGUACCACACCUAAAGUCCAGGAUCUGGUGGAUGACAAAUGUCUUCAAGAUGAAUGCCUCUCUUACGUCACAAAACCAGGUCACAAGCGGGCCAGUUUGAGAGACAUUUUCCAGCUCUACUGUGGGCUGAGCCCUGGCACAACUGUACGAGACCUCAUUUGCCGCUACACCCUACAGCUCCAGAGAGUGGAUGAAAGGAAACUUGUCCAGUUUGGCCUGAUGAAGGGCCUUAUUCGACGGCUCCAGAAGUAUCCUGUGAAAGUAGCCCGGGAUGAAAGAAGUCAUCCAGCCAGACUGUACACAGGUUGUCAUAGCUAUGAUGAAAUCUGCUGUAAAACAGGCAUGAGCUAUCGGGAGCUGGAUGAAAGGCUGGAGAAUGACCCCAAUAUAAUUGUUUGCUGGAAAUGAGUCUCCAAAAAGGGGGGCAAUUAUUCAUCAUGUCCUGUUUACUACUGUGCUGCCUGGGACUGCUCACGAUUUCUUCAGAAACCAUUAAAAGCAACAUAGCUCAAAUUGUGUGGCAUGAUGCACCAUUGGUGCCUGGAACAAGUGAGCUGGAUGGACUUGGAUUUCUUUGGGUUGUUUAAUGAAAGAUACACGUUUUAGCGAAGAUCACAUUUGUCUGAGCAAAACACACAGGUGUAUAUCAAGAAGUUUCGGGGGUUCCAUUUUCGUUUAAAUAAUAAUAAUUAAACCAAGUUUUGCAAUGCUAUGAAGUUGAGCAGUGGGGCAGGUGAGUGCUUAAACCUGUUCCUUUCUACCCAUGGUGUUAUGGAUGUGUGUUUACAAGGCUGAAAUGCUGGUUCUUAUUAAUCUGGCAGUAUUAUCCUGUAGUAGCAAGAAAUCACACAAUUCCUUGUGUAAAGUAUUGAAGGAAAAAGUUCUGUAACAGACUUGUACAAAUAAAACAGAAAGAUAAUU